CACAUGCUGUGUGUGAUCAUUCAUCAACACCCCGAUCACCAUCACUAGAUCGUCAACACGCAUAUUCACUGACCAUCAUGGAGACUGUAGGAUACGUUUCCGUUAUGCUGAUAUUGCUCUCAAGGACGUGCCCUGUCAGCUGCAGUGACGUUGUGUCGGAUGGAGACAGAAUAGACGACAUGGAGGAUGAUAUGCUGGUCAUGAAGAUGGACAUUAAUCGUAUAGAAGAGAAGAUUUUGACGGACAAGAUCUCUCGGAGAAGAGAACUGAGACAACAGAUAUGGAAACAGGUCAGAGCGGCUAUGUCGGAGAUGUUGCAAGACGGAUCUCUGAAAGACAUGAUGAGUGGUCAGCUGCAGAUGAGACAGAUGAAACAUAACUACCAUCAGAUGAAGAGGCAGCUUAUCCACGUCACGAAAUCAUUCAGGGACUUCCGGGACGAGACCAGUGUGUUCAAAGAGGCCAUUUUAAAGGGAGAUAACUCCAGUACUUCCGCUUGCAAAGACAUGGCUAGACUCGAAAUGGAACUAAAGCAGCAGAAUGUAGAUAUUGAGCAUAUGAAGGCAGAAAGCAAGCACUUAACACGGGAAUUAGCGCAAAUCAAAGCAGACCGUGAAUCACGAAACUGUACCCUUAACAAUGCAGACACAUCAACAUCCAUGCCACAGAUUAUGUCAACUCAACAGCCUUCCCGUAAUGAAUGUACGAAAAUGGCAGUUCCUAACUUUUCCUUCGAGACCACAGGAAACUGGUUAAAUACUGGUGUAGGCUGGACAUCAGACGAUACUCAGGCUCAAGAUGGCGGCCGAUCUGCCAAAGUGACAAGUGGCGGUGCUUACCAGGAGUUCGUCUUCCCUUCCCCGGUGAGAAAGUUCAUCAUCUCCGGCUACAGUAAGAACGUGGGUGGUCGGAACUCCAUCACCACACCCUCGGACUACAGCCUCUACUGUGAUCUGAAGAAACCAUCUGGUUCCUUUUUGUGGGGGCACAUUGCUACGUUCACACCUGGCAGGAGCACCUGGCACAGGGUACAGGUGAAUGUCAGUCUGUCCAAGGCGGAUGCUGUUGUCAUGGCUAGAUGUCAUCUUCUGUACCGGAACUCAGCCUCGGUUGGAGCCGCAUACUUCGACAAUGUCUCCCUCUACCGACUGUCAGAUGACGUCACAGAUUUCACCCAAUGCCAAAUAGACAUGUUGCAAGUGUCUCCACAGCCUUCUAGUAGUGAAUGUACGAAAAUGGCAGUUCCUAACUUUUCCUUCGAGACCACAGGAAACUGGUUUAAUUAUGGUGUAGGCUGGACACCAGACGAUACUCAGGCUCAAGAUGGCGGCCGAUCUGCCAAAGUGACCAGUGGCGGGGCUUACCAGGAGUUCGUCUUCCCUUCCCCGGUGAGAAAGUUCAUCAUCUCCGGCUACAGUAAGAACGUGGGUGGUCGGAACUCCAUCACCACACCCUCGGACUACAGCCUCUACUGUGAUCUGAAGAAACCAUCUGGUUCCUUUUUGUGGGGGCACAUUGCUACGUUCACACCUGGCAGGAGCACCUGGCACAGGGUACAGGUGAAUGUCAGUCUGUCCAAGGCGGAUGCUGUUGUCAUGGCUAGAUGUCAUCUUCUGUACCGGAACUCAGCCUCGGUUGGAGCCGCAUACUUCGACAAUGUCUCCCUCUACCGACUGUCAGAUGACGUCACAGAUUUCACCCAAUGCCAAAUAGACAUGUUGCAAGUGUCUCCACAGCCUUCUAGUAGUGAAUGUACGAAAAUGGCAGUUCCUAACUUUUCCUUCGAGACCACAGGAAACUGGUUUAAUUAUGGUGUAGGCUGGACACCAGACGAUACUCAGGCUCAAGAUGGCGGCCGAUCUGCCAAAGUGACCAGUGGCGGGGCUUACCAGGAGUUCGUCUUCCCUUCCCCGGUGAGAAAGUUCAUCAUCUCCGGCUACAGUAAGAACGUGGGUGGUCGGAACUCCAUCACCACACCCUCGGACUACAGCCUCUACUGUGAUCUGAAGAAACCAUCUGGUUCCUUUUUGUGGGGGCACAUUGCUACGUUCACACCUGGUAGGAGCACCUGGCACAGGGUACAGGUGAAUGUCAGUCUGUCCAAGGCGGAUGCUGUUGUCAUGGCUAGAUGUCAUCUUCUGUACCGGAACUCAGCCUCGGUUGGAGCCGCAUACUUCGACAAUGUCUCCCUCUACCGACUGUCAGAUGACGUCACAGAUUUCACCCAAUGCCAAAUAGACAUGUUGCAAGUGUCUCCACAGCCUUCUAGUAGUGAAUGUACGAAAAUGGCAGUUCCUAACUUUUCCUUCGAGACCACAGGAAACUGGUUUAAUUAUGGUGUAGGCUGGACACCAGACGAUACUCAGGCUCAAGAUGGCGGCCGAUCUGCCAAAGUGACCAGUGGCGGGGCUUACCAGGAGUUCGUCUUCCCUUCCCCGGUGAGAAAGUUCAUCAUCUCCGGCUACAGUAAGAACGUGGGUGGUCGGAGCUCGAUCACUACCCCCUCGGACUACAGCCUCUACUGUGAUCUGAAGAAACCAUCUGGUUCCUUUUUGUGGGGGCACAUUGCUACGUUCACACCUGGCAGGAGCACCUGGCACAGGGUACAGGUGAAUGUCAGUCUGUCCAAGACGGAUGCUGUUGUCAAGGCUAGAUGUUAUCUUUUGUACCGGAACUCGGCCUCGGUUGGAGCGGCAUACUUCGACAAUGUCUCCCUCUACCGACUGCCAGAUGACGUCACAGAUUUCACCAAAUGCCAAAUGAAUAAAUAGCAAGUGUAUCUGUGGCACCAAGUGUGUUCGUUAACCAAGCAGUUGUGUUGCAUUAAUGUUUCCAUACACCGAAAUAAUAGGCAACUCCAUAUACAUGUUGAUUUGUACAAGAUUAGAGAGCCAAUGUAAGUUGAUCAUAAAUCAAAUAUUCAUUCAAGGAAUAUUUACGGACAACAUUAUUAUGGCAGGAAUAUCUUACAAAUUGGUAUUUAUUCACCAAAACAUUACUUGCAGUCCAUUCACAGUGUAGCAUCAUACAUUUCCAUUUUAACGUGAUUUAAUUAGAGAGUAUUGUCGUGGCUCGCCAUGCGAUGACGACACCAUAGUCCAAUAACACUCCUAAUUCGGGUCCGAAAACAAGUUUGUUUUCGCAGAUAUUCGAGGACAUUCGAGUAAGCGCAGCUAUCAGCUGAUUAUCCACGAAUUAUUCGCCAUUGUAUUUUUUUAGAAACGAUAACAAGCGUUUGCAGUGUAAACAUGAAGAUUAUUGUUAAAAAACAGAAUAACCUGUAUUGUAAACUAUCAUUACAAUAUGUCUAAGGUAUAUAUUUAAAUAACUAAUCAUAUUUGUUUCAUAUCGUAUAUUCUCCAUUAGUUGAUGGUUUUUAUUACACGUUUCUUUUCCAGCGGUAUGUAGGGCAAAAAGCUCGCGAAGGUAUGUGGUGGUGAGGUGAGGUGAAACGGGGUUUAACGUCGCGUCCAAGAUUAUUGCACUUAAAUAGCGACGUGCAUGCACUUGUAUGUGUGUGUGUGUGGUUGCUUGUACAAGUCCGGACUGAUGCC